UAUGGUAGUAUUCCUGAUUGACGAAACACGAACAAGCAAUUGCAACGAACCGGGAGCGAAUGAAAAAAAGAACCUUCGUCAGAGAAAUGGACGCCAAUAGCAGUUGGAGCACAGUUUUCGCAGUUAUCAAGUUUGUGGUUUGCUUCUUUGGAAUUAUUUUAAAUGGCUUAGUAAUUUUGACAAUUUGCAAGAACCUCCGUCGUUCAUCACCACCAAGCUACCUCAUUCUCAGUAUUGCGGUGAGUGACCUCGUUUCUUGCUCAGUGGCCAUUCCAUUUUCGAUUGCAUUUUACUUCCAGAAGCAAUGGCCGUUUGGUAUGGCUGGAUGUAAAGCUCACGCCUUCAUGAUUUUCCUUCUGGCACUCGUUUCCAUCACCCACUUGGCUGUAAUUUCGGUGGGGAAGUUCCUUACCAUAACUAGAUCUCUUUCCAGAGAUUCAUACUUCAGCAAGAGGACGGUCUUAUGGAUAGUCUUUGGCUCUUGGAUGUAUUCUUUAGUCUUCAGCGUGCCACCGUUAUUAGGUUGGUCAAGAUAUGGGUUGGAAGGAACCAAUGAAUCAUGCUCGAUCAUCUGGGAAUCGAAAGUUCCUAGUGACAAGGCGUAUUUUGGAAUAAUAUUCUUUGCUUGCUACGUUUUACCUAUCACACUUAUUGCAUUUUGCUAUUACAAAAUUCAUAAAGUUUCUAGUCAUGUCGUCGAAACUUCUCUACAAAUAAAUAGGGUGGCCAUGACUAUGUCUGAAGCUCUGUUGAAAAAACAUCGUAAAUCGGCCAUGUACUUUUUAAUUAUCAUAGCAGUUUUCCUUUUCUCGUGGUCUCCUUAUGCCAUCGUAUCCUUCAUGACAAUUUUCGGGGGAAGCGUUGAUGCUGUUGCUACCAGUGCAUGUAGCGUUUUCGCAAAGACAUCAUUCCUAGUCAACCCAAUGCUGUAUGCCAUUGUGUCGCGGAAGUUUCGACGCCGAAUGAUUCAGGCGAUUCCCAUAAACAGACCAAAUCGAGUGGUUGUUCCUGCAGAUGCUUUUCACCUAACGUCUGUAGCACUAGCUCUCUAA